GGUUAUGUUCGCUCGGUGCUGCUGCCGCUGCCAAAUGAAACGCUUCGCCAGGUGCUUCCGAUAUUUAUAUGGUCGAUGGCUCCGUCCGGCGCGCAGGCGCACUGGAUGGUUGCAGCGAUGAUAGCAGCAGUGAUUUCGUGCGAAGCCGGUCGUGCAGUAGAACAGGAGUAGAACGGUCACGAGUGGCAGGGGAACCCAGGCAGUCCGCCGUGUCCGAUGGGGCCGGGCAACUUCAGACGAUCCAGGUGAAGACCGCUCUCCGUCGUAUCUGCACAGUUUCGGCAGCAGAGUAAGUGGUUAUGUUCGCUCGGUGCUGCUGCCGCUGCCAAAUGAAACGCUUCGCCAGGUGCUUCCGAUAUUUAUAUGGUCGAUGGCUCCGUCCGGCGCGCAGGCGCACUGGAUGGUUGCAGCGAUGAUAGCAGCAGUGAUUUCGUGCGAAGCCGGUCGUGCAGUAGAACAGGAGUAGAACGGUCACGAGUGGCAGGGGAACCCAGGCAGUCCGCCGUGUCCGAUGGGGCCGGGCAACUUCAGACGAUCCAGGUGAAGACCGCUCUCCGUCGUAUAUGCACAGUUUCGGCAGCAGAACCUAGCAUCAAGGUUCCAGUGCUAAAGGCCCCCACGAUGACGUACGAUCCACAUAAGGCUAUGCCGACCGACUUCUUCCACGACUUCCUUCGCAUCACUCGCAAAAACGGAUAUCAUUGCGUUUUUCCCUUUGGCUGGAAGCUCGCAGACAAGAACGCAUAUAUAAACGACACGUUGAGACCACCCUUGUACGAUGGCUGGACAUUUCGAGUGUUUUUUUACGCUAUAGACCCAAUUCAGUCAGACACUGCAGUGCAAGUGGGAUGGAACUCCGUAAAUCCGUCCAAAUAUGUAAUCAGAGCAGAAGCUCGAGGGGGCCGUCCAAGCGUGACUGGUAAAACAGGAGCAGGAAACAUUCACGACCAAUUAGUGACAAAUAAUAUUAAACAAGGCGAAUAUUUCUCUUUAGCUAUUCAAAUCGAUGGUCUGCCUCAUAUUUUCAGGGGAGUUUAUAAUAACCUUGCAGGCAAAAACCAUGAUAUGGAUAGUAUAAGCAAUGUCACAAAAUGGCAUUACAAAAUUACUCCAUCUCUGAAUAUUGUUACUUCAAUCCAUGUAUACGAUAACAAGGGAAAUGAAUUCCCAGAUACUGGCCUCGGAGGAGAAUUUCUUCUUGGCCCCGUUCACCUCGGCGUCGGAUCAUAUGGAAUUUUUAAUUUGAAAUACGGCUCUGGCAGCGGAGAUCUCACCAUUGCAUUUAAUGAUGGAAACAACCGCAAGAGCCACGAUUAUGUCUCAGCGAAGUUGAUCACUGGUGAAAUAUUCUCGGUGUACAUUCGUAACACGCCUGCGGGUUGGCUUAUAUAUACGAGUUUUGAGGCAACGCCAGUCCUCGUGGUACAUGAAGUCUAUCAUAAUCUCAUCUCGCCUAUUUUCACCCCAGCAAGCAUCCUAAGGGCGAAUAUUGAAUCUUCCUACUAAACCUAAUUGGCGCCACUGCAGGAAUAAACAGAUUCUACUCCAUAA